AUGGCCUCCAGGGUAGUAAACCCCCUGAGCGUCACAACAGCGACCUCGCUCACCAAGCUCGAAAAAAAGUGGACUUGCUCCUUCCACCUCUCCAUGCUCGCUUCUCCGCUCCGAAAGUGUAUCGUAACAUCCAAACUCGUCCCCACUUGUCUUCUUUUCCAACUAAAAGUCGUCACCCUUCCAUCCCUGUCCAGCGGGGUGCCACCCAAGACGAACUCCGCACAGGGUGAUAGGGAGCGAAUAGUAAUGCUACCAGAUCAAAUCCUCCAUCCCAAAUACAUUCCAAAAAGAGUGGGUAAAGGAAUAUGGCUCACUCUCAACCCGGGCGUCUAUGCUCAGUUGGAGAGGAAGGGAAUGCAUAAGAUGCUAAAUCCGAAAGCUGGCUUAGUUGGUGGGUUGCAGGAGUUGGUGUGGAGACAGUUGGGGGAAAGGGUGGUGCAGGAGACCGAGUUGGUCUUGGCCUUGUUUGCCGGUAGGAAACGGAUCGAUCUAAUAACCGAGGGGCAGAAGGGAGAGAAGGGGGAGAAGGGGGAGAAGGGGGAGAAGGGGGAGAGCGGGCAGUGUGCAGUUUCCUAUACAAUACAGAUAGGAGAGGGAAGCGGAGAGGGCGAGUUGGGGGCGAAUACGAUAUUUGUGCCCAAGUUCGCGGAUGAAGAGCAAAAGAACCGGUUUGAGGAGAGGUUGCGAGCGCUGGCAAAGCUUUCAGGUGUGGAGGGAGCGAAAGCAGAGCAAGUGUAUGGUGUUAAGCAGCGUCAAGUCACGGCUCCAUUGGCGGUUGCGCUGUAUAGGUUACAGCUAUGGACUCGAUCUCUACCAUCACCAGCGAAGCGAUCAAACCCAUGA